UUCGUGCUGUCUUCUUCCAGUUCCUCUUCCUUUCCUCUGAUAAACCCUAAACCCCUGCAGACCACGUGGAAGAAGAAGACUUUUUGCACGCACUUGAACCAAAAACCAAUAACUUCUGUCUUGGUUUAUGCAGCUUUAAUGGCAACUGCGGCCCUUAGUAAGAAAAAGGGACCAAAGCACAGAAGCCCCCACCAAAAAAGAAGCAAAAGAAGAAUGAUAUGCUUGCUGCAAAACGUUCCAAGAAGGAAGAUAUUUCGGAUGAUUCUGAUUCUGACAUUUCAAAUGAGGAAGUAAAAGACCCUCGAGAAUUUGAAGAGGAAGAGCAAGAAUCUGAUUCUGAUGCUGAUUCAGAAUUAUUUUCAGAUGGAGAUGAUCCCCUUGCUGAUGAUUUCCUUCAAGGAAGUGAAGAUGAAGACAAAGCUUCGGCUUCAGGUUCUGACUCUGGCUCUGAUUCAAAUUCAGAUUCAGAUGAUGAAUCUGAUAUUGAAAAGAAGUCAAGAGCUAUUGAUGAAGCUCGAGCAAGGGAAGAAAAAGAGGCUCUUGAAGAAAUGCAGCUCAACAUUAAAGAAGAGUCUGAUGAAUUUACACUGCCAACAAAGGAGGAACUUGAGGAAGAAAAACAGCGACCUCCUGAUCUUUCAAGUCUUCAAAGAAGGAUUAAAGAGAUUGUUCGAGUGCUUUCAAAUUUUAACGACUUGUGUCAAAAGGGAAGAACAAGGAAAGAAUACAUACAACAGCUGAAACUGGAUUUGGCUUCAUACUAUGGUUAUAAUGAGUUCCUUAUUGGGGUUUUAGUGGAGAUGUUUCCACCAGUUGAACUUAUGGAACUUAUUGAAGCAUUUGAAAAGCCUCGACCUAUAUGCCUAAGAACUAACACUUUGAAGACUCGGAGACGAGACUUGGCUGAUGUUCUCAUCAACAGAGGAGUAAAUUUAGACCCCUUAAGCAAGUGGUCAAAAUUAGGGUUGGUAGUAUAUGAUUCUCAAGUUCCAAUUGGUGCAACUCCUGAAUAUAUGGCUGGUUAUUACAUGCUACAAAGUGCAAGCUCUUUUCUGCCAGUAAUGGCUCUUGCACCUCAAGAAAAUGAGCGAGUCGUUGAUAUGGCUGCUGCACCUGGUGGUAAAACAACUUACAUUGCCGCCCUUAUGAAAAAUACCAGACUAAUCUAUGCAAAUGAGAUGAAGGAAACAAGGCUUAAGUCUCUUACUGCAAAUUUGCAUCGUAUGGGGGUGACAAACACUAUAGUUUGCAACUAUGAUGGAAAGGAGUUGCCCAAGGUUUUGGGUGUGAACUCAGUUGAUAGAGUAUUGCUGGAUGCUCCUUGUAGUGGGACUGGGGUCAUAUCUAAGGAUGAAUCCGUUAAAACUUCUAAAAGCGUUGACGAUAUUCAGAAAAUUUCCCAUUUGCAGAAGCAAUUAAUACUUGCUGCAAUUGACAUGGUGGAUGCUAAUUCCAAAUCGGGGGGAUAUAUUGUUUACUCCACUUGCUCCAUCAUGGUUCCUGAGAAUGAAGCAGUUGUUGACUAUGCACUCAAAAAGAGGGAUGUCAAACUUGUACCUUGUGGACUCGACUUUGGACGGCCAGGAUUUGUUAGCUUUAGGGAGCACCGAUUUCAUCCAUCAUUGGAAAAGACAAGGCGACUUUAUCCUCAUGUUCACAAUAUGGAUGGAUUUUUUGUAGCGAAGUUGAAGAAGAUGAGCGAUGCUAAAGCAACUUCAGUUGCUUCGGAAACUGCAGAAUCAGUUGAACAAGCUCCCACUUCAAAUGAGAACGAUGGUGAAAAGGAGACUGAACGGUCUGUGAAAGAAGAAGGCACUAGAGAAGCUAAAGGCAAUAAAGAAGCUAAGGAUGCAAAGCAAAAGAAGCGUAGUUCAGUUGAAAAUGGAAAUGUAGUUUCUGAAUCCAGUCCACAAAAAAGAAAGAAAAGAAAAUUCCCAUCUCGAGAGGAAAUAUCGAAAGCCAGAGAAGAGAAGAGAAAAGCAUUGAGGAGAAAGAAGACCAGUGCAGGCAAGGUGGGUAGUAGUAGCAAAUGAUCAGCUGAUGAUAACACAGGAUGGUGUUUGUGAUCAGUAAUGCUGUGAUUCAUUUUCACUGGGAGGGAGCAACGAACAGCCUUGACGAGAACAUGAUAUAUAUGAUGGCAGCCAAGCACAUAAGCAUCUAGCUACAUGAUCAAACCGUAUUCAAUCAAAAGCUCAAGAUUUUGUAAGCCUUGCUGCAAAGUGCUCAGUUUUUUUUCUUACGUUCUGAGUGGAAGAAAAGUUCAAAUCUUUUUGGCUGUGGAAGUCCAAAAAAGUUGUGUUCUUAGUGUCAUAAUUCAACAGCGUUGUUUAUAAUACGGUCAAAUUUUGUGUAUCUAUUUUGAAUAUCUAAUUAAAUAUUUAAUUAAUAA